AUGUCACAACUACUAGCACCCUACAACAAUGCUAUGCGCCUUGGGCAGGGCUUCAACUCCUACACCCAGCAGAUCUGCCUUGACAGGGCCGUUGUGCCCGGCCCUAUCCAGGAAAACACGCCAACGCCCAGGGACCUGCUCAUCUUGGGCAAUCAGCCGCUCGUCGUGAGCCCAGAGCGAAGAUACAAUGCUCCAGCUCCAGAUGCCGACCAAACCGCCAUAAAAGCUCCUCCGGCAGAGGGAAGCCAGCCCACGGACACAAGCGUAGUCCCGACGGAGGGCGCUCCCGCCGAGGAGGGCGCAGUGUCGAAAGAUGCUGCUACGGGAGGUUCUGCCGCACCACAGAAAAAGGACCAAAAGGCCAUCAAGGUGUACCCAUGGGUCAAACCUCAAAUCGUCACGUACUCGUCCCGAUUCGUGGACAAGUUGAGUGAUGUGACUGAUGCCAUGAAUAUUUCCGGCUCUCUGUCAAUCAAAACUAGUACGAUUGGUGGCAAGGCGAGUGGCUCGUACGUCGACAGUGAUAAGUUCAAGUCGAGCGAUAUCAACUUCCACCUUCAAGUCCGAGUGACGAACCAAAUACAUGAUGCGAAGAAUUAUAACGUUUUCAACAAAAUCGAAGGGCUAGAUGGGUCCAGAUUUUCGGAAGUCUACGGUGACUCCUUCAUCUCCGGAUGGGAAGAAGGCGGUGAGCUCAACGCAAUCGUCUCCAUCAAGGUACUGGACAAGUCCAAGAUCUUCCAGGUCAAGGCAGCCAUCGAAGCGGAAAUGACAACACCCUCCAUCUCCGGAGAGGUCAAGGCGCAAGUUGACAUUGCCAAGAGCAGUCUCAACAAGGAGACGGAGACGACCGUUGCGGUGAACUGGUCCGGUGGCGGUUCGAUCAAAGACCCCCUUGAUGACUGGACCAUCGACAACCUCAAGAGAGCGGCUGCUGCAUUCCCUGAUUUGGUGGCCAUUACGCCGCAGAGGACAUACGCCAUUCUCACCAAGUACACGGCACUGGAGGAUUUCCACCUCAAGAACAGAUCAUACGACGUUCUGAGCUACGAGAACGCCGGGAUCUAUACGGGCCAACUUCUUGAUUCCUUCAUGGAUUACAAGAUGCUCUGGAAGCAGAUUUCCAAUGCCUCUUUUGAACUCGAGGCCAACCGCGCCACUAUCGACAUGGGCGAGAUAUCAGAGGAAAUGGCCGGUCACGCGAAAGUCAAGGCAUUUUCCACCGCCGACGACAUGGUCAAGAGACGACCCGUCUUGGCAGAUACCACUACAGAUACCAAGCAGCAACAGAUAGAGCAGAAGCAACCACCGCCACCACCACCACCACAACAGCAGCAGCAGCAAACACAGAGUACCGCACUUGUUCCAGGCAUACCUUUUGGCUCGACUGGUAACGCGGGCAGCGGGCAACCAAACCCAGACGACAAGAAAAUAAUCAAGCCAUUUAUGCCCUCCUUUGCUGGGCUGAUCGAAGCCAAGAAGAUCUGCCGCGCCGAGAUGGCCAAGAUCGUCAAGGAGGUCGAUCUCGUGGCCAAAGACCCUCUCAUCGCCACCCAGGCCAACAGAGAUGACUACUUCCUCAACCCGCUUGUUUUCAAGCAGCUCCUGCCCAUUGUGAGAUCCUUAUCUCCGGAAAAUGCUGUUCUGGGCGUCAGGGACCCCUCAGCAGCUCUGAUUCUGGGCUAUUCCCAGCCAAAGACGGACGAAAAGGCGCUGCCCCCAGUCCACAACCUCGACGCCCCUCUGCUGGACCACUGUAACCUGCUCCUCGACACAAUCAAGGCGGUGGCGUACAAGGCCCGAGACUACAGGAUGCAGGGGUGCGUCGGGCCAAUCACAAAUGACGACGUGCAUUCGCUCGCCUACAGCUUCAACGAUCUCCAGAAGCUGGACCAGACAUACCGCCUGGUUGACCUCGACGUCUUCUCGGACGAGACGCUCCUCAAGGGCGUCAAGACGCGGUACGCCAACGGCACCGUCAUCACCCACGGCUUGGUCGAGGGCAGCCCAUCCCAUAGCCUGCGCCUCGAUCCCAACGGCUCCGAGGUCAUCGUCGAGGUUGUAGUUCGCGAGGGAGUGCGGCUUACCGCCGAGGGCAAGGAGACGGGCAGAUCGUUUCUCCACUCCAUCGCCGUGUCCACCUCUUUUUACCAGACCCUUGACACGGCCAAGCGAGGUACCGGGGAGGAGGGCGAGAAGCAGGAGAGCACCAAGAGGACUGACAUGAGAAUCACGUCCAGGGUCUGGCUCCGGCCCGAGGACACGCGCUACUCCCUGCGCGGCUUCUUCGGCCUCGAGGUCAAGGGCCAGAUCAGCACCCUCGGUGUCGUCUGGGGCAAGGACGGCUUCGUGCCCGUCCCCUCAACCCGGAUCCAGACCGCAAUCUGCAAAAGUUUCCUCGGCCUCUCCAAAGUCCUGCAGUACAACGUCUUGAGCCUCGACCGGAGGCUCUCCGAGGUCUUCCUGAUGGGCAAGAACCUGUCGGUCGACGUGCCCGCCAGCAGCACCGUCAAGUCCUUCAACUGCCUGCAGAGCAUCGACCGCAAGUGGACGAUCCGAUCCAUCGAUUUCGCCACCAACAACAGUAGCAAACUCGGUGGCCUUUCCGGGCUCAAGGUCACCUAUGGAAACGGCGAGGAGAUCCUGCACGGUGGCUACCGUGAGGAGGACAAGGACUGGGGCACCACCGUCCAACCUCUGCUCUCUGUCGCCAAAAUCGUCUCGGGACGAGUCAACGAUACGCAGCCUGUGUAUAUCGACUCGGUGGAGUUUGUGGCUGGCGAGAAAGACUCUGAGAACCUGCUUCCCGACUGGCCUCUGGAUCUGCUGACCACCCAGUGGGAGGGCAAGGGAAACGUAAGGGUCAAGCUGGACGUAGCACAAUUGGUGGAGCUAGCUCCCAAUUUUGGGAAUGGCUUCGCCAAGUGGUCUGCACGUGGUUUCUAUGGUGAGUACGAUGAGACGAGGAAUCUGAUCACGCGACUUGGAAUUGUCUGGGGCCGGGGUUAG